AUGCAACUAGCCCAGCCAUGGAAUCAAAAUAUUCAAGACUUAUCUCUUGAACCUAAGCACUUGAGGGAUACCAGAAUACUGUCAGCUAAGGAUAAAGAACAGUGGCAAGUGUACUUUCUAGGACAUGUGGUGUCGAAGAAUGGAGUCUCCAUUGAUCUUGCAAAGAUUGAGGCAGUUACGAGGUGGCCCCAUUCAACCAUAGUGAGUGUGAUGCGCACUUUUCUAGGGUUAGUAGGCUACUACCGACGGUUUAUGGAGGAUUCUUUCCGCAUAGCCACUCCAUUGACUCAAUUGACUAAGAAGGGAGCUUCCUUUGUCUGGAGUGAGGCUUGUGAGGAUAGUUUCCAAGACUUCAAACAGAAGUUAGUUUCAGCUCUCGUUCUUAUAGUGCAAGAUGGAUCAGGUAGCUUUGUAAUUUACAGUGGUGCCUCAAAGAAAGGGCUAGGAUGCGUGCUUAUGCAACAUCGUAAGGUGGUUGCUUAUGCCUCCGCCAACUGA